UCUAAUAAUAAUAAUAAUAAUAAAAACCAUAGUCUUUCUAUAAUGUCUGUGUGUGUGACAGCUACGAAUCAAAGUUCAAGCCCCCCCCCCCUCUUCUUUUUUUUUAUCUGGUCAUUUCUUAUGUUCAGGUGUAUUCAUCAACUACCCAAACAUUCAUAUCGACAUGUCUUUCGUCCGAUUCGAUUUUACACAACAGAUCAUGGUCAGCCUAUUCUAACUGAGCUUGUACAUGGUCGAAAACGCAUCUACACUAGUCUACCAACCAUCGCAAAGACAAAAUCAGCUACAGCUUCCAAGAGUCGAAUAGCAUCGCCUGUAACAUCUUCACCAUUGUCUUGGGAGUGGAUCCAUCCGUCUGAAGAAAAAGAAGGCAAUUACUAUGCAACCAGUAAACAAAAGAAUAGCGGAUUAGGUGUGAUCAGCGCUGUCAAGCAAAACUUGACAGAGAUGUUCUUACCUGUAGGAUACCCUGACAGUGUUCACAGUUGUUAUAAAAAAUUCCAUGCCUGGCUAUUUUUAGAGACAUAUGUUGGAUCAGCUAUUGGUGUGCUUUGUUCCCAAGCGAUGUUGGCAUCCUUAGGAUUAGGUACUGCAGCAGCUACAGGUGGAGCAGUGGCCAUUCAGUGGGUGCUUAAAGAUGGUUUCGGAGAGAUUGGUAAACUGUUCUUUAUCAAAAAGUACGCAAGUUCAUUUGAUUCACACCCAAAAACAUGGAAAUUUGUCUGUGAGAUCUUUUCUACAGUCGGAUCCUUUCUUCAGCUAUGUACAUCUGUGGUCAGUCCAAAGCUGUUCUUACCACUUGCGGCUGUGGGAAACAUGUUUGAAUUGAUUCAUGAAAGCAUCUGGAUUGCAAGCCAUAUGACAUUUACAAAGCAUUUCUCUCCUAAUGGUAAUAUUGGUGAUAUUGUUGCCAAAGAUGACGCACAAAUGUCUACUGCUCAUCUCUUGGGUAUGCUCUCUGGUGUCGGAUUAAUCACAAUUUCACACUCGCCUGCCUUUUUGUUUGGUGCAUUUGCUUUACUAUCACCUAUCAAUAUCUGGUCAACCAUCAAGAUGCUCCAUGCAGCAGAGUUUGAAAUCCUCAAUCAAGCUAAACUGACACUGUUAGCCAAAGAAUAUAUUGAUACAGGCAAAGUCGCCACCUAUGAAAAACUAAGGAGCCGAGAAAUUGGGUUUGGUGAAUGGAUCAAACCUUCAUUACGCAACAAGCAAGGUUCAGUGUCUGUAAAGAUCAAAAUGGGAUCCAGUGCUGCUCAAGCUUACAGUUCAUCGCAUGAAGUACAAGACGUGGUUCAAGUGCUGAUGCACGAAAAUUAUCUCUUAAAUUAUCAUAAAAACACCAUGUGGAUUUUAUUUCAUCAAGAUGCUGGGUCACCAGAUUUUGUCAAGUCAAUACUCCACUCAUUAAAGUUUCAUGACAUCAUUUCAACAGAAAAGAUAGACAAAGAUUUGCAUUGGGAUAACUAUAUAGAUGCCUUAAAAUCAUCUCAUGCUUGGACACAAGAACAUUACGAUAGAUUUAACUUAGAGUUGGAUGAAAAGAAUUGGCAAAGGGAAACUGUCUACUGGAAUGAUAGUGGUAUGAGGCUCGCAUGGAAGGGGCAUAAUGACCGUAAGCAGGAAUAAAUAGACUUUUUUUUUAUCAUUUUUAUGAUGUCAUAUUCCUUAUUGGGUAAAUUUGUAAGAUACAUUUAUUAUCCACUGCUACUGCUGCGAUUCAAGAUCUCGUAAAUCAAAUAAUAUAUACAUCUCUUUACAGUGGCCCAUUACAUCAAUGAAUGAGCUAAAGCCAAUAAUAAACA